AGCACGCAGCACACACAGGACACACAGGAUCUCCCAUCCAGGCAGCGUACGCAGAGCAAUGAGCUUGAGUUUGAGAUUGAGUUUGAGUUUGAGUUUGAGAUACAGUUACAUUGACAAGCGACAGCGACAGUAACAACAGAGUUACAGUUACAGUUACAGUUACAGUUGCAUGUGUGUAGCGCAAUUGGCAGGACGACGACGGGAGCGGAAGCAGCAGCCGCAGCUAAAAAGAAAAAAAGUGAAUGAGCUUAACGAGAGUUUCUUACUUUUCGUUCGCCUUAUUGACGUUGACGGGGUUCGACUUUUUGUUGUUUUUCUUUUUUGUUUUUGCUAAUCAAUUAGCUGCAUGUGCGCGUCUAAGUCAGCUAAAGUUGGAGAGCAGCGCAGGAGCAGCGAGAAGGAGCGGGCGAGUGUCUUGGUCUGUCAGUCGGCAUGUUAGUGACAAUCAAAGCACAGCACAAACAAUGCCAACGAGUUGAGUCUUUUUUUAUUAACAAACAACGAUAACACACAAUAGCCAAUUGUCAACAUUUUGACAAUUUACUAUAUCUAAUCUAUAUAUAAUGACGAAUUUUUGGAAACUGGCGGCCUCUUUUGGGCUGCUGCUCUGUGUACUGAGCGCUCAAUUAACACCGGUGCGCUGCAAGCGAAAAGAAAUGCUCGCAGGACGUUUGGAGAAUGUUACGCAGACGAUCUCAAAAAUACUACAGGGCUAUGAUAUACGCCUGCGGCCCAAUUUUGGCGGCGAGCCAUUACAUGUGGGCAUGGAUUUGACCAUAGCUAGCUUCGAUGCCAUAUCUGAAGUCAAUAUGGACUAUACUAUAACCAUGUAUUUGAAUCAAUAUUGGCGCGAUGAGCGCUUGGCCUUUAACAUCUAUGGGCCGUACUAUGAUUCCGAUGCAGACGACGAUGGCGUCAACGAUGUGCUGACGCUAUCGGGAGAUUUUGCUGAAAAGAUUUGGGUGCCAGAUACAUUUUUCGCCAACGAUAAGAACAGUUUCCUACACGACGUCACCGAGCGCAACAAGCUGGUGCGUCUGGGUGGUGAUGGCGCCGUUACCUAUGGCAUGCGUUUCACCACAACUCUCGCCUGCAUGAUGGAUUUGCAUUAUUAUCCGCUCGAUUCGCAGAACUGCACCGUGGAGAUUGAAAGCUAUGGCUACACGGUAAGCGAUGUGGUCAUGUACUGGAAGCCGACGCCAGUGCGUGGCGUGGAGGACGCGGAACUGCCACAGUUUACUAUAAUUGGCUAUGAGACGAACGACAGAAAGGAGCGCUUGGCCACUGGCGUCUAUCAGCGGCUGUCGUUGUCCUUUAAGCUGCAGCGCAACAUUGGCUACUUUGUAUUCCAAACCUAUUUGCCCAGCAUUCUGAUUGUGAUGCUCUCGUGGGUCUCCUUCUGGAUCAAUCACGAGGCGACCAGUGCUCGCGUCGCCUUGGGCAUCACCACGGUGCUCACCAUGACCACGAUAAGCACCGGAGUGCGCAGCUCCUUGCCGCGCAUCUCCUACGUCAAGGCCAUUGAUAUCUAUCUGGUGAUGUGCUUUGUCUUUGUCUUUGCCGCACUCCUCGAAUACGCCGCCGUCAAUUACACGUACUGGGGCAAGCGGGCCAAGAAGAAGAUUAAAAAGCUAAAGGAUUGCGAUCGCCAUAAGAUCGGCAAACUGGAAAAAUCCGAAACGUGUUCAACCACUGAAGACAUUAUUGAGCUGCAGGAUGUGCGCAUGAGUCCUAUACCUUCGUUGCGGAAAGGUAACUACAAUGUGACGCUCGGCUCCAUUGGCACCGAGACCAUGGAUUUGGCCAAAUUUCCUCCAAGCUUUCGCAUCACACGCAACUAUGGCACAGGUCGCAGUCAGCUGCGGCAUCGUGGCCAAAGGGGUGUCUCGGCACGUCCGCGCAUGAUGCAUGCGCUAAAGAAAAGCGCCUCGGCCAUUAGAGCGACAAUACCAAAGAUUAAGGACGUCAACAUCAUUGACAAAUAUUCACGCAUGAUAUUUCCCAUUAGCUUUUGUGCGUUCAAUCUUGGCUACUGGAUCUUCUACAUACUGGAAUAG